GUUCAACCCAUUAAUUAUCUUUAUUUUUAGAGUGAAAUUUACCAGAAAUUGGGCGUUGAAGAAUGAAAAGCGCGCUCUACGGUUUUCAAGACUUGAAACACAUAUUUUACCCAUCUAAUGAGUAGUGAAGUCCCCAAUUACUUCUUAAAAUUCACUCUAACUGGUCACACAAAAGCAGUCUCAUCAGUAAAAUUUAGUGAAAAUGGUCAGUGGUUGGCAAGUUCAUCAGCUGAUAAACUAAUCAAAGUAUGGAAUGCUUAUGACGGGAAAUUUGAAAAAUCUAUCAGCGGUCAUAAACUGGGAAUCUCAGAUGUUUCAUGGUCUUACGACUCAAGAUUUCUGUGUAGUUCCUCCGAUGACAAAACUUUAAAACUGUGGGAUCUCGUCUCUGGCAAGUGCCUGAAAACUCUUAAAGGUCACAGCAACUAUGUUUUUUGCUGCAAUUUUAAUCCACAGUCAAACCUGAUCGUUUCCGGCUCGUUUGAUGAAAGUGUCAAGUUAUGGGAUGUGAAAACAGGCCGGUGUAUCCGCACGCUUCCUGCCCACUCUGAUCCUGUUACAGCUGUUAAUUUCAAUCGUGAUGGUUCACUUAUUGCUUCCAGCAGUUAUGAUGGACUAUGUCGGAUCUGGGAUACCGGUUCUGGUCAGUGUUUAAAAACAUUAAUAGAUGAUGAUAACCCUCCUGUUUCAUUUGUUAAAUUCUCGCCUAAUGGCAAAUAUAUUCUAGCUGCUACACUCGAUAGUUGUCUCAAAUUAUGGGAUUACACUAAGGGUAGAUGCUUGAAAAUUUAUGGAGGGCACAAAAAUGAGAAGUAUUGUAUAUUUGCAAAUUUUUCAGUUACCGGAGGCAAAUGGAUUGUCUCGGGGUCUGAAGACAACUGUAUUUAUUUAUGGAAUUUGCAAACAAAGGAAAUUGUACAAAAACUUUCUGGUCAUAAUGAUGUUGUUUUGUGUACUGCUUGUCAUCCUCAAAUGAACAUGAUUGCUUCAGGAUCGUUAGAGGGCGAUAAAACAAUUAAAAUUUGGACUAGUGAUAAGUGAUUGCUUCUGGCUUAUUGUACUUCUGGAUCCUUGUAUACUAUUAUCUCCAAUGCUCUUUGACUGUAUAUGUUGUAUCAUCUGUUUUUCAUAUCAUAGGUUAUUCAUAUGAACCACAAGUUUAUCGAUUCAUCCUGCGUAAAUUAUUUAUUAUUGACAUUUUUUGUUGCAAAAAGGAACAAUCUAUGUCUUAUUGUAAAUUAUCCAGCUAAGAUUGUUCGUCUGAGUGUUUCUUUAUCGAUCCUUGUGAAGUGAACUUAUUAUGAAUCCACGCCUUAUUAGUAAAAUACAGAUACGGUUAAUAAUUAAUGGAUGGUAGAUCGAUGUAGUCAAUUAAAAAAACUGCUCACAAAAUCACAUUUAAAAGCUUAACUGAUUAGUCUACUAGGAGGGAAACUAAACGAUUAUCAAUGUAAAAUAUACUUUUUG